CUCCGAGAGAGAGAGAGAGAGAGAGAGAGUGAGAGUGAGACCGCGCGCGCGUCUCGCCCAGUCUCGCGCCCGCCAGACGUGUUUACGGAGCCCCGCGCGCGACAGGGAAGCGAAACCGGGACAGGCACAGCGCGCGAGACGAACAAGAGCGCACUGACCUUGAAGAACAACUUUUUUUUUUUUUUUUUAAUCGGCGCGCGCGGAGCACGGGAUUCGCUCGCGAGGCACCGGGUUUCCUGAGGUCGGUUGUUUUGCUUUCUUUUCGCCUCACCAUGCCGUGACGCCCGAGCGGAGGCGCGCGCAACGCCCGAGAAAGCAAGACAGAACGUGAACAAACGCGCGCUGACCCCCGUGGCGCGCGCGCGCGGGCGGGCACGCACGCACGCCGUCUCGGUUGUUUUCCCGCUUUCCUGACGACCAUGGCGGCCGGGCUGAACGCGACGUCGUUGCUGGCGAACAGCACGCGCGGCUGCUCGCUCACCAAGACGGGCUUCCAGUUCUACUACUUGCCCACGGUGUACAUCGUGGUCUUCGUGACCGGACUGCUGGGCAACGGCGUGGCCAUGUGGAUGUUCGCGCGCCACCUGCGCCCGUGGAGCAGCAUCUCGGUGUACAUGUUCAACCUGGCGCUCGCUGACCUGUGCUACGUCCUGUCGCUGCCCUUCCUCAUCUUCUACUACUUCAAUAAGACGGACUGGGUGUUCGGGGACGCCACCUGCCGCCUGCAGCGCUUCGUCUUCCACCUCAACCUGUACGGCAGCAUCCUCUUCCUGGCGUGUAUCAGCGUGCACCGCUACACGGGCGUCGUGCAUCCGCUGCGCUCGCUCGGGCGUCUGGAGAAGAGGCACGCGGUGCGCACCAGUGCUGUGGUGUGGCUGGUGGUGGCGGCGGGCGUCGCGCCCAUCCUGUACUAUUCGCGUACGGGCCAGAAGCGCAGUGGGGGCACCACCUGCUACGACACCACCACGGAGGACGAGCUGGCCGGCUACUUCGUCUACAACAUGUGCAUGACCGUCUUCGGCUUCUGCGUGCCCUUCACCGUCAUCCUGGUCUGCUACGGCUUCAUCGUGCGCGCGCUGGUGUGCAAGGGCGUGGAUGGCAUGGACAUGAGCGUGCCCCUGCGCAAGAAGUCAGCGCGGCUGGUGGUCAUCGUGCUGGCCGUCUUCGCUGUCUCCUACCUGCCCUUCCACGUCAUGAAGAACCUCAAUCUGCGGGCACGCCUCUACUUCCAGAGCCCAGACAUGUGUGCCUUCAACGACCGCGUCUACGCCACCUACCAGGUGACCCGCGGCCUGGCCAGCCUUAACAGCUGCGUGGACCCCGUGCUCUACUUCCUGGCCGGUGACACCUUCCGUCGCAGGCUGUCACGGGCCACCAAGAGGAGCUGCAGGAAGAGCGAGGCCACCGUGCAGUCCAAGAGCGAGGAGACGGCGCUCAACAGCUUGCCGGAGUACGUGGAGAACGGGAGCCGGAAUCUCUAAGAGAGAGAGAGCGUCGGCCUCUUCUUGCCUUCUGCCGCCUUCGGAGACACAAAAACUGCAAACCCACUUCUAAAAACAAUUAGGGUAGCGAAGACAGGAAGGUGAGCUUUAGUGGCUCUGGACAAAAGGGUAAGAGGCCAAGAGGACGACAAGUGGGACAGGGCAGCAGGACACCCCUCAGGGCCAGAGCAGGACUUUGCAGAUAGUGCUACCAAAGGAUGCUAAUGAAAGGUGCUGUACGGGGGUCAAAAAGUACAAAAGAAAUGGAAACUGAAAAUGAAAACGCCUUUGUUAGAUCACGGCUUUGAACCCUGAUCGUUUCCUGACGAAUGUCCAACCCUGGAGCCGUGCACGAGAGUGGACAUUCCUCACUGGCUAACUGGAUGGCUAGUGUGUAAAUGCUAAUCUGUUGUAUUUCUCCAUGUGAAUAUCUCUUCAUAGUACUGUAUUACAUUUGCCAGUAUUAUAUGAGCAGGAUUACAAAAAAAAGCUGCUGUUUGGUGACUGAUGUUCUGUGAAAGCUUGACUGUAACCAGUGCAGCAGAGUAAUGACGGUAGGCUAACCGGCCAAUUAAUGCUAAACCCGUAACACAUCAGGUGAUGUGAGUGCAGUAGAGAGCGAUGGGGCGUGUACGGCCCCUGAGAUGCCCGAAUGCAGUUCGUUUGUAGGACAAUAAACCAGAAAAAGAAGUAAAAGUUGAAUGGACUAAGA